CAGAGUUCGUCGUCGUCGUCGUCGUCGUGGUUGUCGUUGUCGUUGCCGAGGGGCGUGGGGGGCGCGGAGGAGGCGGAGGAGGAGGAGGAGGAGGAGGAGCGGCGCGAGAGAUCUCUCGGAAGGGGUGCGGGGGAGGGGGGCCGCGGAGAGAAUUUCCAAUGGGGAAAGAUGUUAUGGAUGUGUCCACAGACGAAGAGUCAGACUGUGUUAUUAUAUGCACACCAAGUAAUAACCAUGAUAAAUUCGAUGAAACUAUAAAUGGCAUCCAGGACGAAAAUUCUCCAAGGGGCCAAGACGUACCUUUCAUUAGGAACAGGAAUAUGGAUGGUGACACGCAAGAAGAGAAAUCCACCGACCAUGAAAGUCAGAAAGCUUUUGAUCGCAAGAAGUCGGUUCCUGUUUCCAAAUCAACAACAAGGCCUGCCAUUGCAGGAUCACAAUGGUCUAAUUACACGGUUCCUCAGCCAUUUUCCCUUGCAACUGAAAAGAGAGCUUCAAGCUCCAAUCGUGCUUUUGUUGCUUAUCCGGCUGGCAAUGGAGAAAAGCAGGCAAAUAUAAGCAGCAACCAAUCAACAAGCAUAAAGAAGACUGAGAGUAAUUCAUCUGUUACAUCUAGGAAGCCUUUACAAUCUGAUAACACAAUGCACUCUAAAGAAGAGGAUUCCAUCUCCAUUACUUCAUCGACUGGAGCUUCGACAAGAUCUAGUAAAACUAGGACAACAGUGCCCUCUGCCCCAGUUUUUAGAUGUAUGGAGCGUGCUGAGAAGAGGAAAGAGUUUUACUCAAAAUUGGAAGAGAAGCAUGAGGCUUUGGAGGCAGAAAGACUCGAAGCUGAAGCCCGGAGAAAGGAGGAGCAAGAGGCAGCAAUAAAGCAACUAAGGAAGACCUUGACCUUUAAAGCUAACCCAGUUCCAAGCUUCUACCACGAGGGACCUCCUCCUAAGGUUGAACUUAAAAAGGUGCCUCCAACUCGUGCCAAGUCGCCGAACUUCACUCGGAGGAAGAGCUGUAGCGAUGCUACUAGUUUGUUGCAAGGCGAUGAGAGCGGCGGGGUAUGUUGUCGAUUACACCGCCACAGCGUAGGGAGCUGCAAAGAAACCACAAGCAAACUACAAAGUGGUCCGAAAAUAGGAACUAAUGCGAAAAUCAAAGUAGGACCAAAAUCUGGCAAAGAGGUUUCCUCAAAGGCCUGCUCAGAAGAGGUGGCGGCCGCUGAUGUUUCUGUACAGACCUGAUUCUUGAGAGUUUUUCUCAUGUUAUUUUAAUUUUUCAACCUUAUAUCAAAAGUGACUUCUUUGUUGUUGUUGCUUGUUGUGGGGUUUCUGCGAACUCUGUUAAAACUUUUGUGGCCGAGAACUGUAUGUAAAGCGUCGUUAUAUCGAAGGAUCAGGCAGUUUGAAGAACUGUUUGGCAUGUAUUUUAUGGAUAAUGUAUCAAUUAGUCACAAUGGUCAUGUUUAUUGUAUGUAAAUGACUUAUAUGUUAUAUAUAUGAAGAGAAAUGAAACUGUGCUUGCGGAUUGUGAGGAAA